UUAGUGUUAUCAGAAUUGACCCAGUUUGUACUAAAACCCAACUACAAGCAUUAUUAAGAGUUUGACGUUAUUUCCGAUAUUUCAAAAUAUAGCUUAUAUGGUAUUUUUAUAAGUUCGUUAUACCGGAUUAACAAUUUCAAAAUACAUACGACCUAUAACAAAAUUGCUUGAUAAGAGAAUGUGAAUGUUAUAUAUGAACGAGUAAGGAAUUUUAACAGAUGAUAAAGUACUGAAAGAAAUCUUGGCUCUCGAUUGUUUGCACAAAAUAACACGAAAUGGAAGAUGAAGCUGAAGAAAGACUUGUGGUUCUGAAACGAAUGUGCAAACUUUCGUGUGUAAUCUUGACGGUUGCAGUCGCCACUUUGUUGGUUGGCAUCAUGGCUCUGACAUAUUCCGGGGGGAAAUUCCCAUUUAACGCUGGGGGAGCAAUCAUUGCUGGCAUUGUGGCCACAUUCUUGUCUUUUUGUCCAAUGUGCAUGCUAGUUCAAGCCAAACAAUAUCAGAAGACCAGAAAGAGCUCAUAUAAUUGCUGUUGCAUGGCAUUGUUUUUCUGGAGUUUUAUAGCAAUUCUAGGCAUCAUAUUCGGACUUGCUACAAAUGGGAUUGGGGCGAUCAUUGCCUGUAACAAUCGUUCAAAAGAAACAGGUUGUUGGUUGAAUAAGGAAUCACAGGUAGCGUUCGCCAUUAUAACAGUAGUGUUAACGAGCUUAAUGCUUAUUCUAAUAAUAACAUUAUAUAUCAUUUGUUGCUGUAACUGCCCACUGGUAGGGGAUAUAGGCGAUUUACCAGACUACCCUGUUCAACCUCACAACGUGAAUUCUCCUACACAAAAUGAAAUACCGGUAUAUGGAAUGCCUGGAAUUGACCAAUCGCCAGGAUUCACUGUACUUAACUCUCACGGGCGUGACACCAACGAUGGCUGGUUUGAUAGACCGGCUAAUGGGCGUUACAUCACGCCCACUGCUCCCCCUGUAUUUACAGAGUAUUCCUCGGAUACCUAUUUUACUUCUAUUAACACGAGUAUGGAUAUCCACGACUCAAUAAACAAUGAACACGACGAUGAUUCAAGGCAUUUUAGGUACAGUCAUUCAUUUGAUAGCCCACCUCCCUCAUAUAACGAAGUAAUGGAAAAUGACCCGAUGGAAACACCACUUUAACUAACAAGUGUAGUUA